UGCAACUAUCCCAUACAUUCUUACAGCUUUACUCCGCAAUACAACAGUGAUAAAGCGCUUGUAGGAUUGGAAAAUUCCCAGGGGGUAGAUAGGCUCAUUGCCUAGUCCCUCGUUGCUAGCCACCUUGCUUGCCACUCGUGUAGUUGACAAUUCUAUAUUAGCCAAUCUUUCUGUGUAGCUCUCUUUGAGUGAUCGCAAGCCAAGUCUGGGACUCCGUCCCGUUUCCUCGUCGUCGAGCUUCAGCCGAGCCAUGAACGAAGCCAGCAGGUGCUGGGGCAGCCUGCCCUCCGACGCGCUGGCCCAAGUGGUCAACGCGCCCUGCCUGGCGCCUGCUGACGUGGCGGCUGUGCGGCUGGUGUGCUCCCACUGGCGCUCCACCGCCUGCAGCCACCUGCGCACCCUGGCGCCCGGGGCCGCCUGCAGCAGCCCGCAGCGGCUGGCGAGGCUGGCGGAGCGCUUCCCCUGCCUGACCGCCUGCGACCUGUCGAGAUGCGAUACGAGUCUGGUGGGGCACGCCAGCCUGUGCUCCUCCGCCCGCUGCCUGCUGGCGCCGCUGCUGGCCUCCCUGGCGCCCCUCCGCUCCCUCACUCGCCUCACCCUCUCCGCGGCGUUCAGCCAGCAGAUGGGGCAGAAACACUGGGCGGCGGCGCUGUGUGCUGGGGCUCUGCCCGACCCGCCCAGCCCCCCGACCGCCCCACCUGCAGCAGCUGCAACUGCAGCAGGCGGAGGGGCGGCAGGGCCAGCAGCGUCUCUGCCCUCCUCCUCCUCACCGCCACCACCAGCCGCACCAGCACCACCGGCACCGGCAGCAGGCUCGCCCGCGGACGCCCUCGCAGCAGCACCUCCUGCAGUGGAGGCGGGGGCGGGGGCGGCGCACCCCGGCCCCUUCGUACCGCCACAUGCGCCCCCGCCCUCCGCAGCGGACCCGAGUGGUGGUUCCCCGCCGGACGAGGCGCGCAGUGACCCGGGGGUCGGUGCCUUCACCCGCUCCCUCGCGCAUCCCGGUGCCGCGCUGGUCCCCGUGUACUGGCUGCCCGACUGGGGGGCCGGGAUGCCAGGCCUACGAGAGGUGCAGCUGGUAGGUCCCUCCCCCUCCCCGCCCCCGCCCCACAUCUGCCCCCACCACCCCUCCCCCGCCCCCCUGCUGUGGUUGCAUGCGGGUCGCACUGCACCGCACCUCGCCGCCCUCUCCCUCACCCGCGUGCCACUGGGGGGGCUGCCGGAGGGGGUUGGGCUGCUGGGGGGACUGACGCGGCUGGAGGUGCAGGACUGCUCCCUGUCCCACAUCCCCCCCGGCCUGCUGGGGGGGCUGAGCCGCCUGCAGCGCCUGCAGCUGGGGAACAACGACCUGGUCACCCUGCCCCCCGACGUGGGCCUCCUCACCGCCCUCACGCACCUGGACAUGAGGCGCAACCGCCUCUCCCAGCUGCCCGCCUCCCUCUCCUCCCUCUCCCGCCUCGCCUGCCUCCGCCUGUCCCACAACCAGCUGCGCCUCCCCCCCGGCCCCCUGCCGUACCUCACCGCCCUCACCCGCCUCGACCUGUCGUACAACUGGUUG